AUGCACAUAACAAUACCACCACGUGCUGCGGAGUGUUUUUCCAUAGAAGUGGAAAACUAUAAGCAUGGUAUAUCACUAAACUACGAGGUACUUCGUGGUGCAGCAGAUGAGUUAGAGACAGUAUUAAGAGACGGGAAGCAGCAGAUUGUUUACACUCGAAAAGGUGCAUCUGGACGAUACGUAACCCCUAUUGGUGAAGGUGGAAUACAUUCAGUAUGCUUUAAAAAUGAACUUUCACCUGUGGGAGACGUGAUCGUUGGGUUUUCCUUCCAUGCAGACGAUCCAAGUCAUGAAGUGCUUUCGAACGCAGAUACCACCAAAAUCAAACAAGUGCAGGAGUUGGAAGAUAUGGUCUAUGAGCUGAGUGUGAGCCUCGACACUGUCAAAGACACUCAGGCGUACAUGAAAGCCAUUACCAACUACCACAACAAACUGAUUACGAGUACGCACAGCCGAGUCAUGUGGUGGACACUUGUUGAAAUGCUUGUUCUCACAGCUGUCUCAAUGGCUCAGAUUUCGUUCUUGAGGCGCACACUAGAGAACGCAGGAAAAGCCAUUGAUAAGCUGCUACAGAAUGGUCAUACUCCCGCUGUAUACUGUGGCUUUGAUCCAACGGCCAAUUCGUUGCAUUUAGGCAACUUACUCCAGGCUUUUGCUCUACGCCACUUUCAAUGCGCUGGUAUUCGUCCAAUUCUACUGGUGGGCGGUGCCACAGGCAUGAUCGGAGACCCUAGUGGCAAGUCGGAAGAGCGUGUGCUGUUAUCGGAUGACACAGUGUUGCAUAAUGCACGGCAAAUUACCAAAGGACUGUCGGCUAUACUAGACUUUAAUGACCCAAAGACUGGUGCGGUCAUUUGUAAUAACGCCGAGUGGCAUACUAACAUGUCAGCGGUCACGUGGAUGCGAGACAUUGGGCGUCAUUUUCGAGUGAAUGCAAUGCUACAUCGUGACAGUGUAAAGAAACGUCUAGAGACGGACCAAGGCAUCAGCUUUCUCGAGUUUUCGUAUCAACUCUUCCAGGCCUACGACUUUCUCCAUUUGUACAAAAAAUACGGAUGUGUUGCACAGAUUGGAGGUAGCGAUCAGUGGGGAAACAUUGCUUCGGGCAUUGAGCUUGUUCGUAAGAGCAUGGGCGAGGAAGUAUAUGGGGCGACGUUAACACUGCUAACAACGGCUACUGGAGAAAAAUAUGGCAAGUCCGCAGGCAACGCAAUUUGGCUGGAUACGGACAAGACGUCUGUCUUUGAGUUUUAUCAGUUUUUCCUUCGCACGGAUGAUCGCGAUGUCGAGAAGCUGCUCAAAGGCUUUACAUUUCGAAAAGUAGAUGAAAUUCGUGACAUUAUGGCUGAGCACGAGAAGUCUCCUGGAAUGCGAGCUGCCCAAAAGGUGCUGGCGGAGGACAUCACAGCAAUAAUGCAUGAUCAAGCGGGCUUAAAGGCUGCGCUGGACGCCACAAAAUUCAUUUUUGGGAAUAAAAGCGGUCCUGUAACUGCUGACGAAAUGCUUUGCAUGGCCGGAGAUGUACCUAUGACAGCUCUUUCACGUGCUGAUGUUCUUAAUAAGUUUGUAGUGGACCUUGCUGUACGAGUAGGCGCGGCAAAAUCCAAAGCUGAAUGUCGACGUCUGAUCAAGGGUGGUGGCGUUUACCUUAAUAACGAGCGCGUUGAAACGAACACUCUGCGCGUAGAGACAUCACAUCUUAUUGAUGGCAAGUUAUUAAUGAUGCGCAUCGCCCAAGUGAGUAUGGCCACACUAGCGCGAGCAGCACUUCUCGCAAUUGACUCAGUGUUUCUCGGGCAUUUGGGCAUAAAGGAACUUGCAGCCGCUUCACUUGCUCAACUCUGGACAAGUCCUGCUCUUUACGCUGUAUGGGCCUCUGCUUCAGCACUCAAUACGUUGUGUGGCCAGUCAUGGGGUGCUGGCAAUCAAGAACUCACAGGCGUUUGGCUGCAAUUUGGGCUUGUGAUCACAACGGUGCUUUCGGUGCCUGUUUUACUUUGGUAUUGGUGUGUUGGCUGCAUCCUUGAGUACUCGACGGAUGACCCAGAGGUUAUCGCACUUGCUACCACAUUUUCACGCGUGGUCUCCGGAUCAAUCCUCCCAACACUUCUCUACUGCUGUCUUAGGCAGUAUUUGCAAGCAAUGGGGAUUCUGUUACCCACUACGGUAGUUGGAGUAGUCUCAAUCUUCGUUGCUGCCGGCAGCAAUUCCGUUCUUAUAUACGGCAUUGGCUCGUGGCACGGCCUGGGCUUCAUUGGAUCGCCAAUUGCCACAGUUGUGGCUUCCUGGUUCCAGCCGCUUGCGCUUUUCAGCUACGCUAUCCUCUACAAACAUUAUCAUCGUCGUGCGUGGUAUGGAUGGAACAUCCACGCUUUAACGCUUUGUCGGCUUCGAUCCUAUCUCCGAGUGGCGGGACCCAUUUCAAGUAACAGCUUUGUAUCAAAUUUGGCGAAUGCGCUGGUGGCUCUAGUGGCAGCUAAACUUGGCGCCCGUAUUAUCGCUGCUAAUGCUGUCGUUUCAAGUCUGUGGUCUCUACUAUGGGCACUUUUCUGGGGCUACGGCUGCGCUACUCAGAUCCGUGUUGCUAAUUACCUAGGUGCAGGCAAACCUGAAUUAGCUCGCCGCAUUACCGGAUUGGGUUUUAUCUGCACCAUGGUCGUCGUUGUCUUCAUCGCAACUGUCACUAGUAUCUUGGAUAACCGAAUUAUUGCCCUGUUCACGACGGACGAAGAGCUGCUGACCACGUGUAAGCUUGUAUUACCUAUUUUCAUCAUUGCCUGUGGAUUUGAGGCCAUGGAGAUACUUGGUGCUGGGGCUUUAACUGGAAUGAGCCAAGUGCAAACUGUAUUUUGGACCAGUGCAAUCGCCACGUGGCUCGUUAAUCUUCCAGUUGCCUACAUAGGCGGUAUUAUAAUGGGUUACGGUUUCCCUGCGCUUUGGUUGGGUGUGCUAAGUAUGGAGCUCUUUAAAGUCAUUAGCUACUUACUAGCGCUCACUCGUAUAGAAUGGGACAAAAUGGCUGAAUGUGUGAAGAAAGCGGCAGAAGUGGCACCUGGAAUGAAGCAAAGUACAGCUUCAUUCAUUCUAUCAGCUGCAUCUGAUAUUCAACCUACAAUACCAAACGCAACACCACCUCUCGUGGCUUCGCUCUUGGAGCGUCAUCAUCGCAUGCAGAGUGAGGAGCUGCACUUCAAUAUGGUGUUAAGGGGUUCUGUGCGACCUCUUAAUGGCCAAUUGAUUAAGAGUAUGGAUCAUUAG